CGCAACAGCUCACGACGCGCAAGACGAUUGCACCCCCAGCACAACUACACACAAUAUGUCGUUUCGCGGAACACCUCGAGGCGGCCGCGGAGGCGGCUCGCGCGGCGGAUUCACUCCCCGUGGCGGUCGCGGAGGCUUCCAGCCAUCCUUUGGGCCACCUGAUACCGUAUACCCCAUGGGUGAAUUCAUGCACGACGUCGAAGGCGAGUUGAUGUGCACGUCCGUCAACGAAAAGAUCCCCUACUUCAACGCGCCGAUAUACCUCGAGAACAAGACGCCUGUAGGCAAGGUCGACGAGAUCCUCGGACCCAUCACCCAAGUCUACUUCACGAUCAAGCCAUCGGAGGGCAUCCAGGCAAAAUCCUUCAAGAAGGGCGAUAAGUUCUACAUUGGCGGCGACAAGCUGCUACCAUUGGACAAAUUCCUACCGAAGCCCAAGCCCGCACCGGGCGCACCGAAGGUGAAGAAGCCUGCCGGCAGGGGCGGCGCUCGCGGCGGAUUCGGUGCUCGUGGUGGCCGUGGCCGUGGAGCGCCCCGUGGCGGUGGCUUCUCAAGAGGAGGAGCUGGUGGACGAGGAGGCUCUUUCGGUGGCUCCCGGGGCGGCUCCUUCGGUGGACGCGGCGGCGGCCGUGGUGGCAGCGGUGGUUUCUCGCGCGGUGGUAGCCGUGGGGGCUUCAGCCGUGGUGGAAGAGGAGGUUAUUAAGCACGAUCGCACGAAGGUGUCAGCACGACAUAACGGACGAAGGCACCACACUUCUUUCUACUGGUACUGGCGCGAGCGCAUCGAUACCUUGUCAUCUACGGCGUUUGGUGUUUGGAAGUGGCUUUUGGAAAGUCUAGGCUGCCUACGACUGCAAUCACGGCGGGCCACGGGAACCUCGCAUGCAUGUAUAUUGAAAAUUCGAUCUUAGACGUUGCAAAGAGUAACGAGGACUGUACGAGACAGCUUCAUGCAUGUCUCUAUCGAUUAUGACCUGAACUCGUAUUCUGUCUCGUCUUGCGUAGACUACAGAAAGAGACAACCUGUGUCUCAAGACCUCCUUGAGAUUUCAAUCUUAGUCUACUAUACGAACAAAGAAACCCGGUA